GUCGCCCUUGAGCCUCUCCGGUCCCUUGAGCCGCUCCCCCCGGCACGAGAAGAAGAAGAAGCUGCGGAAGUACUGGGACGUGCCGCCGCCCGGCUUCGAGCACAUCACCCCCAUGCAGUACAAGGCCAUGCAAGCUGCCGGCCAGAUCCCAGCCACGGCCCUGCUUCCCACCAUGACUCCGGACGGAUUGGCGGUGACUCCGACACCGGUGCCGGUCGUGGGAUCCCAGAUGACGCGGCAGGCCCGGCGCCUCUACGUCGGGAACAUCCCCUUCGGAAUCACCGAGGAAGCCAUGAUGGAUUUCUUCAACGCCCAGAUGCGCCUGGGCGGCCUCACUCAGGCUCCCGGGAAUCCCGUCCUGGCCGUGCAGAUUAACCAGGAUAAGAACUUUGCCUUCCUCGAGUUCCGCUCCGUGGACGAGACCACACAGGCCAUGGCCUUCGACGGGAUCAUUUUCCAAGGGCAGUCGCUGAAGAUCCGCCGGCCCCACGACUACCAGCCGCUGCCGGGAAUGUCGGAGAAUCCCUCCGUCUACGUGCCCGGCGUCGUCUCCACGGUGGUGCCGGACUCGGCGCACAAGCUCUUCAUCGGCGGCCUCCCCAACUACCUGAACGACGACCAGGUCAAGGAGCUGCUGACGUCCUUCGGGCCGCUCAAGGCCUUCAACCUGGUCAAGGACAGCGCCACGGGGCUCUCCAAGGGCUACGCCUUCUGCGAGUACGUGGACAUCAACGUCACCGACCAG